AUGACCUCCAGAAGCCACAACUCCUUACCGAGAACUCUGAUGGCUCCACGAAUGCUUUCCGAAGGUGCCCUCGGGGGCAUCGCCCAAAUCACCCCCUCGCUGUACCUGAGCCGGGGCAGCGUCGCCUCCAACCGGCACCUGCUCCUCUCCCGGGGAAUCACCUGCAUAAUCAAUGCGACCAUCGAGAUUCCCAAUUUUAACUGGCCCCAGUUUGAAUACGUGAAAGUGCCUUUGGCUGACAUGCCCAAUGCCCCCAUCUCCCUGUACUUCGACAGCGUCGCCGACAAGAUCAACAGCGUGGCGCGGAAGCACGGGGCCACCUUAGUCCAUUGCGCCGCCGGCGUGAGCAGGUCGGCCACCCUCUGCAUCGCCUACCUGAUGAAGUACCACAAGGUGUCCCUCUUUGAGGCAUACAACUGGGUCAAAUCGAGACGCCCCGUUAUACGCCCCAACGUGGGCUUCUGGAGGCAACUGAUAGACUACGAGAGGAAGCUCUUUGGGAAGACGACAGUUAAAAUGGUACAGACACCAUAUGGCAUCAUCCCAGACGUUUAUGAGAGAGAGAGGAGACCCCUGAUGCCUUACUGGGGAAUUUAAUGUGACUGCAGACAGGAAGCACAACAGAAGGGACGCGCUGUUCUGAGUCGACCAGACUGGAGACAUUCCCUUCUCCUUCUACAGCCAACUUUGGUUCUUUACCAUACAGCAGAACCUCAACUAAUUCUCACCUCACUAACCUGCAAGGCCAACGAUUCCCUUCAAAGCAUUUCUCUCUACAGGGAUUCCCCCAUCCGCAUUUCUCUGAUUUAGCAGAAUGAGGUCUCCUUAUAAGUUGAUCCCUUUCUUAAAGGCUCCCUCCCUUUUUUAGUCAGUUUAUUAGUAUCCUAUGAGGAAAGGCCUAAAAGGCAUUUGGCGGAGUUAAUAAACAAAGUGCGCUUUGUGAUGCGGUAG